AGGACCGUGAAAAAAAGGCGGAGCUAUUUUUUCCCAGCCGCCGAGAGGGAGUUUGAAGAACCAUGGACGACGGCAAUUGUGCUCAAACGAGUACGACAUUCGAGUCGGAAAAUUCUGCCGUCGGAAUGUCACAGGAAGAGUGUACGAAGCGGAUAGUGAAAAGCCUCAAGCAUCCAACUGUAAGGUUUUUGCGGAAGCACAUGGAGCAGGCGGGAUGCCCGGUGUGGGUGAAGCUAAUCUUGGCGGCCAAUUGCAAGAGAAAGGGAAUCGCCGGAGGCUAUUCCACUGGUAAUGGGAUCAUAGUUUGCUGUAAUCACAUGUCUUACCAAGAUGAGAUUAGCCAAGUUCUUAUACAUGAACUUAUUCAUGCCUAUGAUGACUGUCGUGCAAAGAACAUGGAUUGGAAAAAUUGCGCUCAUCAUGCUUGCACUGAGAUCAGGGCUAACCAUCUAAGUGGAGAUUGCCAUUAUAAACGUGAAUUGCUAAGAGGGUUCAUGAAAAUGCGAGGACAUGAACAAGAAUGUGUAAAAAGGAGAGCUCUCAAGUCGGUUAAAAAUAACCCAUACUGCUCUGAAGCUGCUGCCAUGGAUGCCAUUGAAACUGUCUGGGAUAUUUGCUAUAAUGACACUUCCCCUUUUGAAAGAGCCCCUUGAAUGCAUUUUCUUUCUGCAAUGAAGAAAGUAAGAGCUUCUGUUAUUAGGUUCAGUUAGAAGAAAAUGAUUUUUAUUAAAUUAGCCUAAGUCCUUACCCUAUACUCAAAUGAUGGAAAUGUAGAAUGGAGACAUACUCAUUUUUUGGUGCCUGGCAUGACCAGCCAUUGGGUGGCCCUCUAAGAGGGGAAAUUAUUGCUUCAGGUCACCGGACAAAGCUUACGUUCGGUAUUCACAGUACUGAGCUCGGUACUAUGA